UAAAAUCUUUCUUUCUUCUCCAAACCAACACACUCACACACACACGAAGGAGAUAUCAAAAAUAAGAAGAGCUUCCCAAAUCCCAAACCAAUUAUUACACGGUCUGUGCCCGAAAUAGAAAAGGGAUAACCAAUGCCACCGACCUCCGCCUCUGCUCGUCGUCGUGCAUGGUGGUCACGACCAAUAGUGACUUUGCCGGCAACGUCUGGUGAUCGUAAUUGUACUUGCAAGGAAACUACGGUUUGCCUUACACCAUGUUGCGGCGGUAUCUUCACCUUCAUUUCCGUAAUGGCAUUUCUCUCUUACCUCGUCGACAAAGGUCACUGCGACGCCAAAUUCUCAAUCCAAUCCAUCGCCGUCUCUCCCUCCUCCCUCUCGUGGCACGUCGAUUUCCUCGUCAAAAACCCUAGGAUCAGCUAUUCUAUUUUAUACGGAGGCGAUGAAACUACCGUGAGGCUCGGCCCCUUACACGCUGCCGUUUUAAAUACUUCUCACGCACGUAAGUCUCCAAGCCACACGGCUUUCUCAGUGGACUUCGCUGCCGAGGGCAAUUCAACGGCCGUCGUUUUCGAACAGUUAGAUAUCAAAUUAAAGGCGAAUCAUAAGGUUUACGUUGGUUAUCCUGAACCUGGACAUAUUGAUAUAAGGUGUUAUAAUCUGACCCGAAACCAUGAGAACGUGGAGAAGGUUCACUGUUAUUCUUCAUUCACACCAUUGACCGAAGUUAUAAGUUGAUUAGGCAAUCUACUUUUCCAUCAUCUUGUUAU